AUGGCGAUUAACACCGAUAUUGAGGACUGGGGCGGUGUCAGUAAUGACUCUGGAGAAAGAGCGUGGCUCCUGCAGAGCCCCAGUGUGGACUCUGUCCGGCACCCUGAGCAAGCCGAAAGUAGUAGCCGGGGCGUGUCGUCCAUAGGGGCCGUCUUCAUUGUUGUGAAUGCAGCACUGGGAGCAGGUCUGUUGAAUUUCCCUGCAGCUUUCAACAUGGCAGGAGGAGUAACCGCAGGAGUGAUGCUUCAGAUGUUUAUGCUGAUCUUCAUCAUCAGCGGGCUGGUGAUUCUGGGCUACUGCUCGCUGGUCAGCAAUGAGGGCACCUAUCAGGAGGUUGUCCGAGUCACCUGUGGGAAAGUCACAGGAGUCAUAUGUGAAGUAGCCAUUGCUGUCUACACGUUCGGAACCUGCAUUGCUUUUUUUAUCGUCAUCGGAGACCAGCUGGAUCGCUUGAUCGCUGCAGUCAACCAUGAUCCAGAUGGUUCCACUGGUGGUUUUUGGUACACAGACCGAAAGUUUACCAUCGUUGUUACUGCCGUGCUGGUCAUCCUUCCUCUCUCCAUUCCCAAAGAGAUCGGCUUUCAGAAAUAUGCCAGUGCCCUGAGCGUGAUGGGGACCUGGUACGUUACCAUCGUGGUUAUUGUAAAGUACAUCUGGCCAGACAAAGAGAUGACUCCGAGAGAAGUGACCACCAGCUCUGCCUCCUGGACCGCCGUAUUCAACGCGAUGCCCACCAUAUGCUUCGGUUUCCAGUGUCACGUCAGCUGUGUGCCGGUGUUCAACAGCAUGAGGAGGAAGGAGAUCAAACCGUGGGGACUUGUUGUGACCCUCAGCAUGAUAAUCUGCCUUUUUGUCUACACAGGAACAGGUGUCUGCGGCUUCCUGACUUUUGGCUCCAACGUGAGUCAGGAUGUACUGAUGUCGUACCCCCCCGAUGACAUCGCCGUUGCCAUCGCGAGGGCUUUCAUCGUCAUCUGUGUGGUCACCUCUUAUCCCAUUUUACACUUCUGUGGCAGGGCAGUGUUGGAGGGGCUUUGGCUGCGUUUCCAAGACGAACAGGUGGAAGUGUGUGUGCGUCGUGAGCGGAGGAGGAGGAUCCUGCAGACGCUGGUGUGGUUUGUGGUCACCCUCGUCCUCGCCCUCUUCAUCCCAGACAUUGGCCGCGUGAUCUCGCUGAUCGGAGGACUGGCAGCCUGUUUCAUCUUUGUUUUUCCAGGUUUGUGUCUGAUGCAAGCCAAGCUGUCGGAGACAGACAUCCGAUCUACGAGCUGGCAUGGUUUGGUUAUCUUCGGUGUUGCCAUGGUGACACUGGGUGCAUUCAUCUUUGGCGUCACAACAACAAACUCCAUUUACCAGGAUGUUGUAAACUAA